AUGCGGCUGUUGCAGCUUUUCAUGAGCAAAACAGCGGAUACAUUGUCGAUUUCUCCAAAAGUCCAGAAAACAUGGAGAACCGUAGUAGUUCGACUUUGGUUUAAGCGUGGUUUUCUGCUGCAGGGCAUACUGGCCGUUUCAGCCUUGCAUAUGGCUAAUAUCCUGCCAGUGCAGUCAAACCAUCUUUGUAUUUUGGUUGCUAGUAGAAAGGAUGCCACCCUACAUGAGUUUCGCUCGGAACUAGAUCAAGUCACCGCCGAUAAUUGCGAGGCCUUGUUCGCCUUUUCGUUCUUGAUUGGGUACUUCAUCCCGGCUUCGGCAGGCACGGCCAUCAAUCCAUCGGCUCACUUCUUGAAAAAUGAUUUUCUCGGUUCAGUGGUCGAAUGGAUGCGCCUCUACUUUGGGGUUGGCAUUAUCCAUGGACAUCAAGGGGGGAAAAUCGCCAAGGGACCUUUGAAUACUUUUCUUCAUGAAUGGGCCCAUCUUCAAAAGGCGUCCAUUGAUAUCAAUGUCGAACAGCGGGCGUUAUUCUGUGUUCUGCAGCUUACCAGCCGAGCUCGUCGGUAUCAUUCACAGUAUGGACUUUCUCCAGAGGAAGGUCACCAAGUACAAGCCGAAGCAAACGAAGAAAUCCAAGCGAAUUCUCAAGCAUUAAAGUUUCUGAUCAUUGUCUUCCGCAAUUCCGGAAUCUUCAAAUCAAACCACGUGAAUCCCACGAGCGAGUGCUCAUUUGAGAAUUAUAAUAGUUUAAAUAGCCACAUCAACGCGAGCCCCGAUAUUCAAUGA